GCCGCCAAAGUAUCCCUAACUGCCAGCGCGAUGCCGAAAGGGCCCAAGCAGCAGCCGCCGGAACCGGAGUGGAUUGGGGACGGAGAGAGCACAAGUCCCACGGAAAAGGUGGUAAAGAAAGGGAAGAAGGAUAAGAAGACCAAAAAGACGUUCUUUGAGGAGCUGGCAGUAGAAGAUAAACAGGCUGGGGAAGAAGAGAAAGUGCUCAAGGAGAAGGAACAGCACCAGCAGCAACAGCAGCAAAAGAAAAAGCGUGACCCCCGAAAAGGCCGGCGGAAGAAAGAUGCAGAUGAUGAUGGAGAGGAAAAAGAACUCAUGGAGCGUCUCAAGAAGCUCUCCGUGCCAGGCAGUGAUGAGGAGGAUGAUGUACCUGCAACGAUACCCCGAGGAGGAAAGAAAACCAAGGGUGGUAAUGUUUUUGCAGCCCUGAUUCAGGAUGAGAGUGAAGAGGAGGAGGAAGAGGAAGAAGAAAAACAUUUUUCUAAACCUGCCAAACUAGAGAAGAAUCGGAUCAACAAGGCUGUAUCUGAAGACCAACAGCCUGGCCUUAAGGGCAAAAAGGGAAAGGAAGAGAAGUCCAAAGGAAAGGCAAAGCCUCAGAAUAAAUUUGCUGCUUUGAACAAUGAAGAGGAUGAUGAAGAGGAAGAAGAAGUAACUAAAGAAAAGGAGCCUCCUAAACAAGGGAAGGAGAAGGAGAAGGAAAAGGUCAAGAAGACAGAACAGGGCUCAGGGGGAGAAGGAGAAGAGAACGAGGAGGGAGAUUCUACUAAGGCAGAUGAUCCCUAUGCAAAUCUCAGCAAAAAGGAGAAGAAAAAGCUUAAAAAACAGAUGGAUUAUGAACGCCAGGUGGCUUCAUUAAAAGCAGCUAAUGCUGCCGAAAAUGACUUCUCUGUAUCCCAGGCAGAGGUGUCCUCCCGCCAGGCCAUGUUAGAAAAUGCAUCUGACAUUAAGUUGGAGAAGUUCAGCAUCUCAGCCCAUGGCAAGGAGUUAUUUGUCAAUGCUGACCUGUACAUUGUAGCUGGCCGGCGUUAUGGGCUCGUGGGACCCAACGGCAAAGGCAAGACCACACUCCUCAAGCACAUUGCCAAUCGUGCCCUGAGCAUCCCUCCCAACAUUGACGUGUUGCUGUGCGAGCAGGAGGUGGUAGCAGAUGAAACACCAGCAGUACAGGCUGUUCUGCGUGCUGACACUAAGCGAUUGAAGCUGUUGGAGGAAGAGCGCCGGCUUCAGGGACAGCUGGAGCAGGGGGAUGACACAGCUGCUGAAAAGCUAGAGAAGGUAUAUGAAGAGUUGCGGGCCACCGGGGCAGCAGCUGCAGAAGCCAAAGCACGGAGGAUCCUGGCUGGUCUGGGCUUUGACCCUGAGAUGCAGAACCGCCCCACACAGAAGUUCUCAGGGGGCUGGCGCAUGCGUGUCUCUCUAGCCAGGGCAUUGUUCAUGGAGCCCACGCUGCUGAUGUUGGAUGAACCUACUAAUCACCUAGAUCUCAAUGCUGUCAUCUGGCUCAAUAACUACCUUCAGGGCUGGCGGAAGACAUUACUGAUUGUCUCCCAUGACCAGGGCUUCCUGGAUGACGUCUGCACAGAUAUCAUCCAUCUUGAUGCCCAGCGGCUCCAUUACUACAGGGGCAAUUAUAUGACCUUUAAGAAGAUGUACCAACAGAAGCAGAAAGAACUGCUGAAGCAGUAUGAGAAGCAGGAGAAAAAGCUGAAGGAGCUGAAGGCUGGUGGCAAGUCCACCAAGCAGGCGGAAAAGCAAACAAAGGAAGCCUUGACUCGAAAGCAGCAGAAAUGCCGGCGGAAAAACCAGGAUGAGGAAUCCCAGGAGGCCCCUGAGCUCCUGAAGCGCCCCAAGGAAUACACAGUGCGCUUCACCUUCCCAGACCCACCACCGCUCAGCCCUCCGGUGCUGGGCCUGCAUGGCGUGACAUUUGGCUAUGAGGGGCAGAAACCACUCUUUAAGAACCUGGAUUUUGGCAUCGACAUGGACUCAAGGAUCUGCAUUGUGGGCCCUAAUGGUGUGGGAAAGAGCACACUGCUUCUGCUGCUGACUGGCAAGCUCACACCGACCCAUGGAGAAAUGAGAAAGAACCACCGACUGAAAAUUGGCUUCUUCAAUCAGCAGUAUGCAGAGCAGCUGCACAUGGAGGAGACACCCACUGAGUACCUGCAGCGGAGCUUCAACCUGCCCUAUCAGGAUGCCCGCAAGUGCCUGGGCCGCUUUGGCCUUGAGAGCCAUGCCCACACCAUCCAGAUCUGCAAACUCUCUGGUGGGCAGAAAGCCCGGGUAGUGUUUGCAGAGCUGGCCUGUCGGGAGCCUGAUGUCCUCAUCUUGGAUGAACCAACCAAUAACUUGGACAUAGAAUCUAUCGAUGCUCUGGGCGAGGCCAUCAAUGAGUACAAGGGUGCUGUUAUUGUUGUCAGCCAUGACGCCCGACUCAUAACAGAAACCAACUGCCAGCUGUGGGUGGUGGAAGAGCAGAGUGUUAGCCAAAUUGAUGGUGACUUUGAGGACUACAAGCGGGAGGUGUUGGAGGCUCUGGGUGAAGUCAUGGUCAACCGACCACGGGAGUGAGCUUUUCCUCUUGGACGUAUCCUGAGAGACAAGUUCGCAUGCCCAAGUUAUCUGUUGUCACCCUUUCUCCACCUGGAAGCCUGCCUCUGGUCCACAGCUGACUGACUCCUGCAGCCAGCUCAGGCACAUGAAAAUGGACUAUAGCAUUGACGUGACCAGGACACCACUUAGAUUGCUUCCUGCCUUCUGAAAGACCUGGAUGUUUGGCUUUUCUGCAGAUAGCUCCACUGUCUCAUCCUUGACAUCCCUCUGUACAAGCAGAGGUCACAUCAGCUUUGUCGUUUUUGGGUUUGCUCCAGCCAAGCUUGAGUGGCCUCUAGUUUCAAGACUUCUCAGAAGCCUGCCUCUAAAGUUUGAGGCCUAACUACUCCCUGGGUCUUUGAGUGGUGCUGCUCUUUUCUGGUGGGUUUAGUGCUGAUUUACUGACUCAAACGACUACUGCACCUCAGAGUUGGAGGUGCAUAUCUGAGGCCCGUGUUCUUCUCUAGCCCAGAUCAGAUGCCUGUGGUCUCUCGUUGGGGACUUGUGGGCAGGAAAGGAAAGCUGCUGAACUUGAAUCUCCUUUUACAAGAGGAAGAAAUAAAAAAGCAAUUUUUAACUGUC